UCAUGUGCCUCGAGAACCCGUUUCUUCAUCGGAUGAAAUAAAAAGGAGAAUGUAUGGAAUAAACCAGCGCUGUAUUUACAUAUCAUUUCAUUUUUUCGUGCUGUGGUGCCAUGCUCAGGGGGAGAAUCACCCGUCUCCUAAUUUUAACCAGUAUGUGAGGACGCAGGGCGCAGUGACGGACCAGCUCAGCCGCAGGCAGGUCAGGGUUUACCAGCUCUACAGCCGCACCAGCGGGAAACACGUCCAGAUCCAGGGCAGAAGGGUCACCGCCACAGCUGAGGAUGGAAAUAUGUUCGCUCGUCUCUUUGUUGAGACGGACACAUUUGGCAGUCGAGUGAGAAUCAGAGGUGCAGAAAGUGGGCGCUACCUCUGCAUGAACCGGAAGGGGAAACUUGUUGGAAAGCCCAACGGCCGGAGCAGGGAUUGUAUCUUCACAGAGAUCGUACUGGAGAACAAUUACACCGCCUUCCAGAAUGCCAAGUAUGAGGGCUGGUAUGUGGCUUUCACCAGGAAAGGGAGGCCCAUCAAAGCCUCCGGGACGAGGGAGAACCAGAGGGAGGUCCACUUCAUCAAGAGGCUGCACACGGGCCCGCCCCCGUUCCCCAACAUCGACCAAAGCAAACACUUUGAGUUCAUCCGAUUUCCGGCCACAGGGCGAGCAAAGCGGAACAGGAAAUCACGUACCUCUUCCUAACAUGCAGCAAGAACAUGGACUGAUGACAGUUGUGCUAUAGGAAGAAAC